AUGACGGACCAAUUACUAGCACCACCGACGCAUCUAUCGCCGACUGAGUCUUUGCGACUGUCGCAGCUGGCCCCGAGAUGGCUUCGUAGCCAAGCACCCAGCAACCUCCCCUACCCACUCUCCCUCCUCACAACGUCCGAGUCCGCCGAACAAUGGCAAGCCAACGAGAACCUGAUGGUCGCCUGCUUGCGAACUGGCGACGACGAAACCGCUUCUAUCUGUCUGGAUAAAUUGUCUCAGCGCUUUGGACCGGACAACGAGCGCGUACAGGCAUUACAUGGACUGUACGAGGAAGCCACCGCAACGGACGACCAAGCACUGCUACAGGUGUUGAAGAGCUAUGACGCGAUACUAGAGGAGAAGCCGGCGAACGUGCCGGUCAUGAAGAGGAAGGUCGCAUUGUUGAGGNNGGGGUUGGGCAGGCUGGACGAAGCGACAAAGACAUUGACUAAACUGCUGGAUAGCUCGCCCAUUGACGCCGAAGCGUGGGCCGAGUUGGCCGAGUUAUACUUCUCGCAGAGCAUGCAUUCGCAGGCUGUCUUCUGCUUAGAGGAAGUUUUGCUCAUUAUGCCGAAUGCUUGGAACUACCAUAGNAUCCACGCUCGUCUUGGUGAGACACUCUUUGUGUCCGCUAAUGCUGCUGAGGAUGCUAGCGGCAGGCUCAAGCUUCUUGCAGACGCACAACGCAGCUUCUGCCGUAGCAUUGAAUUGUGCGAUGACUACCUCCGUGGCUACUACGGUCUCAAGNNCUUCGGCAAACCUCCGAAAGCACAAUCUUCAGAUGCAACAGUCGGCGACCUACCGCCCCCUUCAGUAACCUCUGUCGAAAAGCUGCGCGAACUCUCGACCAGGAAGCUUUCGGAAAUCGUCAGACGUAGUAUGAGUGGUGAGCGAGGCUGGGAUGGAUACGACCAAGCCGAACUCAUCGCUGCGAGAGAACUUCUGGACAGAGACACCCAAUCUGUGCAGCGAUGA